AUGGAGCCCGAACCGGAGCCCGGGACGGUGGAGAUUCCCGCGGGGCGCGUGCUGAGUGCCGCGGAGCUCCUCGCCGCCCGCUCGCGGUCCCAGAAGCUGCCUCAGCGGUCGCAUGGCCCCAAGGACUUCCUCCCCGACGGCUCGGCGGCCCAGGCCGAGCGGCUGCACCGGUGUCGCCAAGAACUCUGGCAGUUGCUGGCGGAGGAGCGGGUGGAGCGCCUGGGCAGCUUGGUGGCCGCCGAGUGGAGACCCGAAGAGGGCUUUGUGGAGUUGAAGUCUCCUGCGGGUAAGUUCUGGCAGACCAUGGGCUUCUCAGAGCAGGGCCGGCAGCGGCUGCACCCCGAAGAGGCCUUAUACCUGCUGGAGUGUGGCUCUAUUCAGCUCUUCCAUCAAGACUUGCCACUGUCUAUCCAGGAGGCCUACCAGUUACUGCUGAACGAGGACACCUUGAGUUUCUUGCAAUACCAGGUCUUCAGCCACCUGAAAAGACUGGGCUAUGUAGUUCGACGAUUCCAACCAAGCUCUGUCCUGUCCCCUUACGAGAGGCAGCUUAACUUGGAUGGCUACACCCAGCGCCUGAAGGACAAGGCUGGCAAGAGGAAGAAGAACGAUAACUCUUGGUCCAUUAAUAAGAAAGCCAAGGCCCUGGAGAACUCUGUGCCAGCUGCAAGCCUGGCAGCUGCCAGUCCACCUGCCUGUGACCAGAACCACCAAUGCCCAGAGGAGAAACCCCAGGAGUCAACCUCUAGAAAGAGCCCAGGGAGUCCCUUUCAGUCUCUGGGGUCCCUGGAGCCCUGCCUUGGUCUGGCCAGGGAGGCCAUGGGGUGUGGCCAGGAAAGGGACAAAAUAAAAAAUGGAGUCAAGGGGGCUUAUAAGCCACGCUGGAACUUUGAGCAGAUUUCCUUCCCCAACAUGGCUUCCGAUAGCCGUCACACCCUUUUAUCUGCCCCAGCCCCAGAGCUACUCCCGGCCAACGUCACUGGGCGGGAGACCGAUGCCGAGUCCUGGUGCCAGAAGUUGAACCAGCGGAAGGAGAAGCUCUCCCGACGUGAGCAGGAACAACAAACAGAGGCCCGGCGAUUCCGGGAAGACUUAAACGCAGAUCCAGAGGUGCAGCGCUGCUCCAGCUGGCGGGAGUACAAGGAGCUGCUGCAGAGACGGCAACUGCAAAAGAGCCAGCACUGCCCCCCACACCUGUGGGGCCAGCCUGUCACCCCCUUGCUGAGCCCCAGCCAGGCACACUCUCCAGCCACAGUCCUUCAGCAGAUCUCUGUACUACAGACCACACACCUUGCUGAUGGAGGUGCCCAACUGCUGGAGAAGUCUGGAGGCUUGGAGAUCAGCUUUGAUGUUUACCAGGCUGAUGCUGUGGCUACGUUCAGGAAGAAUAACCCUGGCAAACCCUAUGUCCGGAUGUGCGUCAGUGGAUUUGAUGAACCUGUUCCAGACCUAUGCAGCCUCAAGCGGUUGUCCUAUCAGAGUGGGGAUGUUCCUCUGAUCUUCGCGCUGGUGGAUCAUGGUGACAUCUCCUUCUACAGCUUCAGGGACUUCACACUGCCCAGAGAUCUGGAGCACUGACCACACAGCUCUGGAGAACUUGGACUGUCUGUUCUCAGGGACCUUGGCAACUGCCUCCCAUAUCAGACUCUGACCUGGAGCAUUAGUAGCCUGUAUGGGCCUUGGUCCUAGGUGCCUAAUGCUUGCAGGAGAGUCCAACCCUGCACUGUGCUCCCUCCCUCUUGCCUGGCCUGCUGCUGCUGCUGCUGCUGCUGCUGAGCCUGUGCUUCCAAGCCUCAGGCCUGAGAGUGACCCCCUUGGAACUCGGACUCCAGAGGCCCAGGAGAUGGGGUAGAAGAGGACUCUGUGCCUUUUAAUGAGGAUGCCUGCUUCGUGCCAUAAAGCCAAAGCCAUUAAAAAUAGA